AUGGAAAUAACAAAUAGUAUAAAUAAAAAAAAGAUAGACAUUUUAAUAAAUUGGGUUAAUAAUAAUAAUAUAUUCGUACAUUCAUCUAUUGGAAUCAGUGUACGGGACAAUAAUGUACCUAAAAGUAUCAUUUUAUCAUCAAAAACAUCUGAAUUAUCAUAUAUUUUAAACAAUACUAAAAUACCAAACAUUAUUAGCUUAUGUAUAGCUUAUAUGUAUGAAAAAAGUCUUGGCCAGAAAUCUUUAUGGUAUGGUUAUCUUCAAAUAAUACCCGAUAAAGUGGAUAUUCCAAAAUUUUGGGGUCAUGAAAAAAACUGGUUAAAAGGCACUGAAAUUGAAUAUAUUGGUGGUCUUGAUAUUUCUGAAUUAUAUAAAACAUAUCAAGACUUAAUAAUACCAUUUAUAAAAAAAAAUGAGAAAAUAUUAAAUCAAAAUACAUUUACAUAUGACAACUUUCUAAAAGCAAUAUCUAUUAUUAGAUCAAGAGCUUUUGAAAUAGAUAAAUUUCAUGGUUUAGGUCUAGUACCGUUUGCAGAUAUAUUUAAUCAUACGAUUACAAAGGAACAUGUACAUUUUCAAACUUUUUAUGAAGUAUGUGAAUACUGUGGGUCAUCAACACACAUUGAUCAUACAAAACAUCAAAAUUAUGAUAAAUUACUAUCAAAUAAUUAUAUAAAAAAUACAUUUUAUAACGAUACCUGCGAUAUGGUUAUAUAUAAUUCACCUAAUGCAUCAAACGAAAUAUUUAAUACAUAUGGAGCACAUGGAAACGACAUUUUACUCUCAAGAUAUGGAUUUGCUAUACCUGAGAAUAAAUGGGAUAGAAUAAGCAUGUCAAAAACAGUUGAGAAAAAUUAUUUAAAACAAGAUAGAUUACUGUGGUGGAAACUAAACGGGUUUAAAGUUUCAUAUCAAAUGGGCCUUUUUCAAAAAUAUUUUUCUAAAGAAGAUAUAAAAAAUUAUAUUGCCGAAUGCAAUAAUGAUCACAAUACAAAAUUUUGCACAUACUGUCAAAAUAAUCAAUAUUUAUUUCUUCAAGAUAGUCUUUUUCUUGGAUUUCCAUCUAUUCCUAGUCUAACAUUAAUAUUUUUUAUCACAUUAUUAUCACUAAACAGUAAACUAUUCAAAAAAUUCAAAAAAAGUAAAAAAAACAGUAUUAUACUUAUUCUAAAUAUUAUCAAAUUACAAUCAUUUUUAUUUUAUUAUACGGGUUACAUAAAUAAGCUUAAACACCAAAAAUACAAAACACUUUUAAUUAUGCUUAAAAUUAAUAAAAUUUUAUUAAGCGCUAUAAACAAUCGUUUAAAAAAGUAUAAUCAAAUAUCAAAUCUAGAAUAUUUUAUAUCAGAAGAGACAAAAGUUCAAGUAUUUAACAUAUUGAAAAUAAUAGCUAUUCUAAUUAAAUUAUAG